AUGAAUGAAGGCGGGUCCUUCGUCAUUUUUAUCUCUUUCUCAGACAAGACCAACAGUCGUUGCUUGCCCUUGACGGUGGCUCCCUUCAUUCACCCUGACCAGGGCACUCGGUUUGGUAUCUCAUUGUCAUCGCAACCGCUGCAAGAGAAUGCCCUUCUGGCGUGGGCACAGGAUGAUAUGCAGAUGGAUGACAGAAUCGAUGACUUUGAGUCGCUCCUCAACCACUUCCACAUCCACCAUGUCCGCGGCGAAGGUUUGAAGAGGGCCAUGGACCGCGCAACUGCGGGCAAGCCGAUCAAGGCUGUGGAAAGCCAGAAGAAGCUCUUGUCUAAUUUGUUAGAGUUGAAGCUGAUGUGGAAGAUCUGGAGUUGCAAAGACUUCUUUGGCCGGCGGCAAGAAGCCGGUGCUGGCCGCCCCCUUGGGUUGCAGUUCUCCUCCGUUCAGAGCUGGCUUCGCUUCACCGCGGCCUCGGCAAUUUCGAGGCUUGAAAAGAACAUUCUGGAGGUCUUUGAUGAAUACCUCAAGAAAGAUGCUGCUGGCUUGACAACCGCGACCAAGCCGAUUCUCGAGCUUUCGAGAUGGGUGUCGCUCUGGCAAAUGAUCUUGGUCUACCGCCAGUCGCUCAGGCUGCUCCAGGAGCACAAUGAAGCGGAACCAUAUGUGCCAGGAGGUGAGCAAAACCCCAGACAAAGUACUCCACCACCGUUUUGGUACUAA